AUGUCUCGUUGUACAAUUGAUACUGAUAAAGCAUUAUUGCUAUGCAAAGUGGAACAACGCGAUGUACCUGGCAUCGACUGCGCACAUCUGGCAAUGGACACAGAAGAAGGUGUCGAGGUCGUUUGGAACGAGGUGCAGUUCUCCGAAAGGAAAAACUUCAAAGCUCAAGAGGACAAAAUACAGAUGGUGUUCGACAACCUUACCAGGCUGGAACACCCCAACAUCGUCAAAUUCCAUCGGUAUUGGACCGAUACACAUAACGAUAAGCCACGGGUGAUAUUCAUAACCGAGUACAUGUCGUGCGGGUCGCUUAAGCAAUUCUUAAAACGCACAAAGCGCAACGUGAAACGGUUGCCGCUGCAGGCGUGGAAGCGGUGGUGUACACAGAUACUGUCGGCGCUCAGUUAUCUUCACGGCUGCGUACCUCCAAUCGUCCACGGCAACUUGACCUGCGACACUAUCUUCAUUCAACACAACGGGCUGGUGAAAAUUGGUUCUGUGGCGCCGGAUGCCAUCAACCACCACGUGAAGACUUGCCGAGAGAACAUGAGGAAUAUGCACCUCAUUGCUCCAGAAUAUGGAUCAUCGCAAAUGGUGACGCCUGCGAUGGAUAUCUACUCAUUCGGAAUGUGCGCUCUGGAGACCGCGGCUCUUGAGAUUCAGGGCAAUGGCGACUCUGGCAGCCACGUCACCGAGGAGCACAUCGUUCGUACUGUUGAGUCUCUGGAGGAGCCCAGGCAGAAGGACUUUAUUUACAGGUGCAUAAAUAAAGACCCGUCGAAAAGGCCGACGGCUCGAGAGCUCCUCUUCCAUCCGUUGCUAUUCGAAGUGCACUCCUUGAAGCUUCUAGCGGCUCACACUCUCGUCAACACAACUGCAAAUAUUUCGGAGACCAUAACGGACGAGGUGGCUGGCGGAUCGAGUGGCGAGGCGCUAGCGUGGUGCGUGAAGGACGGCGAGCGAACGGAGAUCUCGGCCAAAGAUCUCCCACCGCACGGCGAGAAGCUGGAAAAAUUUGUUGAAGAUGUCAAGUACGGCAUCUACCCGCUGACCGCGUACGGGUGGCGCGGGGGCGCGGGCCGCGCCGCCUCCCCCGCCGAGCGCGCGCUGGCCGAGGCCGCGCCCGCCGCCUCCCCCGAGCCGCGCGACCUGGAGACGCGCCGCGUCGUCAACAUGAUGUGCAGCCUCAAGCCGCACCCGCACGCCGCGCCGCCCGACUCGCCGCCGCACGACCUGCUCAUGACAAUCUUGCUGCGCAUGGACGAUAAGAUGAACCGGCAGCUGACCUGCGCCGUGUCGCGUCGCGACUCAGCCGCCGCGCUCGCGCGCGACCUCGUGCAGCUCGGGUUCAUACAUGAGGCAGACCGUGACAAGAUCUGCCGGCUGAUGGAGGAGUCUCUGCGUGGCAGCUUCGGACAACCGCCGCCCGCAGCGCUGCCACCGCCGCGCGCCGCACACCUCGUCGCCAGCUAG